CCGUAUCUUCGGAUUAUCAUUUCAUGACUUUCUGAAACGUAAAUUCACCUCCUUUGUGUGGCUUGAUGCUUUUAAUUUAGUUGCAAGAGCUUUUGAGUGUUUGUAUUGUAUUAUUUGUCUUCUAAUGAAGUUGUUGAAUUUUGAUUUUUCCUAAAAAUUGAUCAGUUGACCCCAGUAAUCUAGAUCUAACAGAUGUUAUGGGAUUGCAGACUUGAUUUGGCAACGUUUGGGAAAUCAAGACAAACAUUUUAUAAUGGAAGCAGAGCCAUGGCCAGAAACCCCAAGAAGGCAGUUUCAUGAUAUUCAUGAAUUCAAUAAAAAGCAAAUACUGCAGGAAUGGAUAAAAAGUUACCAAAAAGGUGAUCUUCUAUCUUCAUUAAAACAUCACUGGAAGAGUUAUGUGCCCUUUGUCUAUGCUGGUAACCAUGAGACUGGGGCAGAAGAACGACUGGCUGCCAAGUUUCUGUUUUGUCCAAUGGAAGAGUUUAUUUGCAAUGGAAAUCCAGAAGAAGUUUUUCGUACUUUAAAAGAGAAAGAUAAACCAUCGCAGAUUUGUGGUCAUGGCUUUAAAACCGGAGAACCAACAUAUUCCUGCAGAGAUUGUGCUACAGAUCCUACUUGUGUUUUGUGCAUUAACUGUUUCCAGAAAAGUUCACAUAAGCAGCAUAGAUAUAGGAUGAGUACAUCAGGAGGGGGAGGUUACUGUGAUUGUGGUGAUCUGGAAGCAUGGAAAAUGGAUCCGUUCUGUGAAGAACACAAACCUAGAAUGGAGGGAGAGGAAGAUUUGAAUCCUAUGGAUUUAUUACCAGUAGAUCUUAGUAGAAGGGCAAAGGUUUUAUUUUUAUCUACGUUACAAUUCUGUGUUGAUAUGUUAACAUGGGAAGAAUGUGUACAUUUACCGGAUGGUUUAGAAAUAGAUAAAGAUCAAGCCGAUCUUGUAUUUCAUUGUAUGUUGUUUAAUGACGAGGUUCAUACUUAUGAUCAGGUUAUUCAAACAUUACAGAAAGCUAUAGAAUGUACACAAACAGAUGCUGUAGAGUUUGCCACAGUUGUUGACAGAGAAGGUAGAAGUAGUGUAUUAAAAGGUACAACUAAAGAAUGUACUAAAGCUAAAGAGAUUAUACAAAGAAGUACGUCUCGUCAUGGAAGUAAACCAUUGAAAGUUCAAGUGAUGCAUUCCUCCGUGGUAGCCCAUCAACAGUUCGCUUUAAAACUUUUACAAUGGCUGCAAGAUAUAAUUUCUAAAUCCGACGGGUUGCGGAGAUUGUUCUGCCUUUUAUCGAUGGAGAGCGAUAACGGUGAUUCAUUGAUGGAGAAAUUGUUAUUAGCUGAUACAAUGUUAUGGAAAGCGGGUCGAAUUCAAAGUCAUCAACUUCUGAUGUCAGGUGUUUUAAUGGAUCAAGAAUGUAAGAAAAGAUUUGCCAUAAUUUUUACAAAGAAUUACAGAGCAAUGAUGGCUGAAUUCUUUCUGGAUGACCAUGAUCAUGAUGUCUCAGUUCUCUCCCUUACUGUCCAAAUAUUUACUGUACCCAGUCUGGCUAGAGUGUUGAUAACUAAAUAUAAUCUGUUAGAAGUUAUCAUUAGAGCCUUUCUAGAACCUUGUGAAAGAAAGAAAAAUGUUUUUGGUAAAUUAGCGUUUGAUAGAAAUGAAAGGAAUCCAGCUUUAAAAAGAGCUUGGUUUGUUUUAUAUGAUCUCAAAUAUGCUUUAAUUUGUAAACCAAAUGCAAGUGAAUGGGAUAAUGAGCUCCGGAUUAAUUUUCUCAAGGGUUUAAAGGCUUUAAUAGAACUUCUUUCAGCGAUGCAGGGCAUGGAUUGUGUACAGAGGCAGACAGGUCACCAUCUUGAAUUUGAACCAGAAUGGGAAGGUGCCUUCAACCUACAGUUAAAAUUAGAAGAUAAUUUGGUUUUAUUUGCGGAAUGGUGUUCAACAGAUAAAGAGGUAUUGCUAAAGGCAUAUAAAGAAACAUUAGAUGCAUUAUAUAGAUGUGAACGAUCAUCUGAACCUAAUACUAAAGAAAGAUUUGAAGUUGAAGGUCAUACAGCUAGAUGUAUUAAAUAUGAUGUAGCUACUCAACCUGUUUCUAUACAUUUACCGUUAUCUAGAUUUCUAGCAGCUUUACAUUUACACCUAGAGAAAUACCAGUUACAUUUUAACUCUCCUAAACUUCUACAGAUUAUGGAUAAACGUUUAGAGCCACUGGAUCUCAUUGAGCCACCAUUACGUACUCAAGUUAUGAUCGCCCAGACCCAAGCUGGUAUGUGGAGGAGGAAUGGAUUCUCUCUACUCAAUCAGAUAUUUUUCUAUCAGAAUGUGAGAUGUCGAGGUGAAAUGUACGAUAGAGAUAUUGUUAUGUUACAGAUUGGAGGAUCUCUGAUGAAUGGGAAUGAUUUUGUGAUACAUUUGUUGAAUAAGUAUGGUUUGAUGAACUGGGUUAGACUAGAGUAUGAUGUACCAGGACAAGGACAAGAAGAUUCUUUAAGACAAACUGUCAUGUUAGCUGAAGAAUUCUUGAAUUUACUCAUUAUAUUAUUGGAGGAAAGAUUUGUACCAGGUGUUGGUCAAGUAACCGAACAGGAUGUGGUUAAAAGGGAGAUAAUUCAUCAAUUAUGUAUUGCACCAAUGGCUCAUAGUGAACUCGGUAAAGCUUUGCCUGAAAAUCCAAAUCAUGAAACCGGAAUGGAAGAUGUUGUGAAAGAUGUCGCUAAAUUCAAUAAACCAAGUGGAACUGGAAAGGGAAAAUAUGAAUUAAAACCUGAAUAUUUCAAAAAUUAUUGUCCUUAUUUCUACCAUUAUACAAAAUCAGAACAAUCCAAGUCAGAAGAAGCUCAGAGAAAACGUAAAAAACAGGAAGGAGAAGAUCAAUGUUUACCACCUCCAUUUCCACCAGCGUUUACUUGUCAGUUCUCAUCAAUUAUAAACCUUCUACAAUGUGAUGUCGUAACUCACAUCUUUCAGACUAUUUUAACACGUACAGGUGCCACACGAUCCCGAUCCUGGUCCGAACCUCAGUUUGAACGAGUUUUAUAUUUAAUUGGUUUAGCUUUACAUGAACAAGUACGAGCCUAUGGUGAAAAAAAUACAUCUUUUGAUUUUGUUAAAUAUGCCAUGCAAGGUGAUAACAGUAUUUUAAGUUUAUUACAAUCAUUAGUUAAUUGUAAUAAUGUCAGCCAGGAUCCUUCCAAAGACCUACUAGCAUGGGUUCUUAGGAAAUUUGCUGAAGUACGUAUGAUGAAGAAUGAUCCGAUUGCUAUGGAAGGUCUGGAGAACAUCAGUAACUCAACAGAUCAGAAAUCUGAAACUGAGAGAAAGAAAAAAGCCGAGAUAGCAGCAAAGAAACGAGCCAAAGUCAUGGCAAAGAUUUCAAAAAUGCAGAAAGAUUUUAUAAAAGGCAAUGCUGUAUUGUUUGAAAGUACUUGCUCUGAAAUGCAGUCGGCUGGCUCCGAUAUGGACCUUAGUGGACCUACAAGUAGUGACUUUCCAGUUGCAUUAGGUCAGAGUCGUAAUAAUGCAGCAACAGGAAAUCCCAUCAUGGCAACAUGUAUUUUAUGUCAAGAAGAACAUGAAGUUACCGUUAAUGGUAAAGCCAUGGUUUUAGCUGCUUAUGUACAAAGAUCAACAGUAUUAUCACAGAAUCUGAGUAAACAUUUAGAGAAUGGAGAUGAAUAUGACCCCUUGUAUUUGACCUCUGACCUCUUCACUGGAACUAAAACAGGAUCAUGUGGUCAUAUCAUGCAUCAUGAAUGCUGGCAAAAAUAUUUUGAUGUUAUAUUAGCAAAAGAGCGAAGACGACCACUACGAUUUCGUCAAGCCCAGAGUUAUGACAUAGAUAAAAUGGAGUAUUUAUGUCCGUUAUGUGAAGCAUUGAGUAAUACAGUAAUACCCAUCGUUCCUUCACUACAUAAACUUGUUAAUGACAGUGACUGUGAAGUAGAUUUAAAGUUUGAUGAUUGGUUAGAUGGUAUCAAGAAGACUGUUGAGAACAGUGUACAGAAAGAAAAAGAUCAACAGUCACAAGAGGAAUCUUUGUUUAUCCAACCAUGUCCUAUAUCUACUAUAACUAGGAUGAUGGCAGAGAGUGUAGCCAAGAACUUCCAGUUACUCUGGGAAUAUGUUUAUGAUGAUGCUAGUGGCUGUUUUUCGGAAGGUAUGAGAGAAAUGAUGAAGAAAUUUGCAAGAGAUGUUUAUUCCUUCGGUUUAGAUGUCCAACCCGAUGAUGAGAAUGCUCGUGUACCUAUCAUGGCGUGGUCAACAUGUGCCUUUACAAUACAUACCAUUGAACAAACCUUACAGUUAGAAAAGAAACCGUUAUUUGGAGCUGUUCCAUCUAGACAGUUAGAUUUAUUGAGUUCUCUUGUAAAAUAUGCGGCUGUUUGUAGUCAGGUUAUGUCCCCUGAUACGGUUAAACAACACUGCGUGCGAGUAUUAACAGCGCUAAUACCUGAACAGUUAGAGAAAUUGAAGAAAGAUUCUCCAUGUAUUCUUGACCUUGAUAUGUUUCACUAUUUGGUAAUUCUUGGUAUGACCUUACCAACCUUGUAUGCGGAACAGCAACGGUCGUCCAUCUCAACCAUACCAUCAGGUGGUUUAAACGAUAAACAUGCCUUACAGUUAGUUCUCACUGCUCAUCUGGUACAAAUAUUGUUGACCUAUAACCCAGAACCAGAAGAAAAUAUGGAAAUGGAAGGUGAUAUCGAAGGUGAAAAUUGGUUACGUAUUUAUUUUAAUCUACGUGAAGAUGCAGGAAUUAGAUCAGAAAUAUCUCCAUCACCAUGGCAACUAUGUCAACAUAUUCGUAAGGCAUGUUCUCCGUUUUUACGUUGUGCUACGAUCUUAUACCAUCAUUUAACCGGCAUCAUGUCACCACCAGAACUACAAACAGAUUACUCAGAUCGUGAAGGUUUUGAAUUUGAGAUUUUAUGUAAAUAUUUAUCGUUACCAUCCAAUCUAUCAGUUUUAUUAGAUAAUAGUGGACAAAUUACUACAGCUCUUAUUAAAAGUUGGUGUAUGUCCCCAUUGAUUAAAGAAAGGAUGUCUGCUAGUAGUGAACCGAUAAUAACCUAUCCUACCCGUAUAAAUCAGUUAGUUGAAUUACCAGAUGAUUUCAGUGAACUAAUCAAUCAAGCUUCCAAGUUCACUUGUCCCAAGUCAGAUGGGGAUGAUAGUCGUGCACCUACAAUGUGUCUAGUUUGCGGUAUGAUGUUAUGUUCCCAGAGUUAUUGUUGUCGAACAGACCUGCCUGGUUCAACAACACCUGUUGGGGCUGCUACAGCUCACGCUCAUUACUGUGGGGCUGGGGUUGGAAUAUUUCUCAGGGUUCGAGAUUGUCAAGUUUUGUUGUUAUCUGGUAGAAUAAAGGGCUGUUUUAUACCACCGCCAUAUUUAGAUGAUUAUGGUGAGACAGAUCAAGGACUAAGACGAGGAUAUCCACUACAUUUGUGUCGUGAUAGAUAUAAACAGUUACAUCAACUAUGGUUUAAACAUUCUAUCCCAGAAACCAUUGCUCACAAUAUUGAAUCAAAUAAUAACUUUGUUGCAAUUGAAUGGCAUAAUCUUUGAUGACAAAUUUUCGAUAGUUGAAAAUAGAUUUACAUUUUGCAAAUUUUGUAAAUUAGUUUGAGAUUUCAUGAAAGUCUUAUGAGACUUUCUUUCUUUAAAGAAAAAACGCAACAAAAAAAAAUUCACAAAAGGGAAAUAGGUUUGGGUAAGACGGAAAAAGAAGGAUUCAUUAGUUCCAAAAUAUUCAUAAAGAUGCUGCAUUUGGAAGUACAGUAGAAUCUGUACGAGCAUUCACUCCUUCUCAGCAACAAUCUAUUUUUGAGAACUUUGGCAUUUAUUGAAAUGAUUAGAUAUUAUAAAUAUUUUGUGAUUAUUAAGCAAAGUCUUAAAGCCAAGCAUAUCAUAGUCUUAAUAAUUUGCCUGAGUUUGUAUUAAAAAUGAAGGUAGAACAGUGAUAAUCAGAAAUUAAAAGGGAUGAGGUUUACUUCUCAUCAGUACUUACAUUAUACAUUUUUAGACUAACUUACUGCUACAUAUGCCAUGCUAGAGAUUUUUCCUUUCCAAAUUGUAAUAUCAAAGAAAUCUGUUACCUAUUUCAAUCUUCUCCAUAUCUCAAUUAUAUUUACAUUUCUUGGUAUUGUUUAGUAAAAAAUUCCACCACGGCCCUUGGAAAAUCAUAAAAUUUUAGGCAGUAAACUCAGGAUAUUUGCAUAUGAUAUUAAUGAAUGAUCUACAUGCAUGUGAUCUAAAUGUACACACCCACUUAUUCAAUAGACAGUUAAAGCUAGUGUAACGCCAGUGAAAUUAAAUAUUGUUCUGUUCUGGAUACAAGGAUUUCAUAAACCUCUUUUGUGAAGAAAUAUUGCUUUUAUACGCCCACAUUGAAAUGUGGUCGUAUAUUGCCGUCGCUCCCGUCCGCCAGCCGGUCUGUCAUCCACAAUUGCUUGUGGACGCUCUAGAGGCUAAUGUUAAUAUCUGAGUGAAUUUAUACACAAUGAUUAUGGUCAUGAUAAUAACUGUCAGAGUUAUGUCCCUUGAUCACUUUGAAAUAUCUUAUGGACCUUUUAGAGGCGUAAAGUGAAUGUCCAAUUGACUUUAAAUGUAUACACAGUGUUUAAGGUCAUAAGACGAAGAAGCCUGUUGAUUUUCAACAAUUUCCGAUUACUGCCAGAGUUAUGACCCUUGAUCACUUUGUAAAAAAUCUUGUGGACGCUCUAGAGGCUAAAGUUGCUAUUCAAUUGACUUUAAAUUUAUACACAGUGUUUACAGUCAUGAGACAAAGAAGCAUAUUGAUUUUCAACAAUUUCCAAUAAUAAAUGCCAGAGUUAUGGCCCUUGAUUACUUUGAAAUAUCUUGUGGACGCUCUAAAGGCUAAAGGUACUAUCGAUAGACUUUAAAUUUAUACACAGUGUUUACGGUAAUGAGACAAAGCCUAUUGAUUUUCAACAAUUUCUGAUAAUUACUGCCGGAGUUAUGGUCCUUGAUCACAUUGAAAAAUGUUGUGGACGCUCUAGAGGCUAAAUUUACUACCUGAUAGACUAUAAAUUUAUAAACAGUGUUUACGUUCAUGAGACGAAGAAACUUAUUGAUUUUUAACAAUUUCCAAUAAUUACCACCAAAAUUAUGGUCCUUGAUCACUUUGAAAAAUCUUGUGGCACUCUGGAGGAUAAAUUUAAUAUUUGAUUGACUAGAUUUAUACACAGUGUUUAUGGUCAUGAGACAAAGAUGCCCUUUGAUUUUCAACAAUUUCCGAUAAUUACUGCCGGGUUAUGGCCCUUGAUCAACUUGAAAAAUAUUGUGGACACUCUAGUAAGAGGCUAAACUUAAUCCGAUUGACUUUAAAUUUAUGUCCAGUGUUUAAGGUCAUGAGACGAAGCCCAUUGAUUUUUGAUAAUUAUUGUCAGAGUUGAGGCCCUUGAUUACUUGAAAAAUCGUGUUGAAGCACUAGAGACUAAACUAAAGUUAAUAUAAAUUUAUACACAGUGUUUAAGGUCAUGAGACAAACAAUCGAAACAAAUUCUAAAAAUUUCUGAUAAUUAUUUAAUGGGUUGUUACUCGUUAUUAAAUUUUAGUGUGUUGUAAAUGUUUUCAUUACUGACAAAAAAAAAUGUGACAACCCUUGUUGACGGCUCGGACGACUUAGCUUCUAUGGGCGUAUGUUUUGUUGCCUGGCAACCUAUCUUUACAUCUGGAUUUCAUGAUUUCUUAUGUUUUUGGUUACAAAUUUAUAUUAUGCAGUAGGUCAUAAUAAUUGUAUCUAUUCUUGAAGCUGGUGUCCUGUGACACUGUCUUAUUGAAAUGUAAACAUAUUCUUUGCCAUUUCUGCCCUAAUUGGACGAAAUAGCAAAUCAUUUUUCAGUAUCUAACACAUGGUUUCAGUUACUAUGAAAUAUGAAAUUAUUGUUUUUAUGGUGGUUGCCUUUAGUUCAUGAUGAAAUAAGAACUGACUCAUUGAUUUUGAACUUCGAUAUAUUCUGAUUUGUAGUCAAGUGUAGUCAAAUGCAGUGUCGUGUGUUUUUUAGGGUAUUUGCACUGUGUACCCUCUCUCUUACCCACACAUAUGAGCAAGCCCUUCAAAAUCUCCCUUUCUGCAUGAGCGUUAAUUUCAUGACGAAUAUAAGUCAAAUAGAUGGUUAGUGAUAACAUCAGGUGGCAAUAUUUUUAUGAUUUAUAGCUACACAGAAUGUAAUCUGACAUAUCUGUAGUAUUUGGAUUGAUGGUUGAGGUUUAGUGAUUUCCCAGUGAAAUAAGUAAAAGAGAAAUAGUUAUAUUGUGCAUAUGAUAAUAAUAUAUGGUCAUUGUAUUAAAUAUUUUUUUGCUAUUUAUUUCUAUUUGAAUGUAAAUUGUAUAUUUGUAUAUAAAUAUAUCUUAUAAUGUUUUUAAUUUUAUUACUGUAAAAUAUAGACAUGUAUUAUAAACUAAUUUCUUAUAAUUCAUAUUUCUACAGAAUUUUCUCAAUUUUUUAGUUUCACAAAAUUGUUUCUCAGUGAAAUAUUCGACAGAACUGCAUCAGGAAAGAUGUCAGGAAAAUUGAACUUUUAUUUGUUGACCACAGAAUGCUAACUUACUUGAAAAUUAUUUUUAGAAUAGUAAGAUUCAGGUUUCUUUCUAAUUUGAAGUCAAUUUACAGUCAGUAUUGAUGUCGGUUUGAUAUCUAGUAUAUAUAUUGAACAUAGAUCGGUUGAAUAUAUCACUUGGCAUCGAUACAUAACAUUGGCCUGAUUGACAUGUUUUUGGGGGACAAGUUGGCAUUUAUUAAGUCAUUGAUAAUAAGGUCAUCAAACAUUUUUCUUUUUUUUAAAAUUUGGUCACAGUUUUACUGUCUGCAACAACAGGAUUAUAUUUUUUGGACUCCACACAAUGCGUGAAUUGUUUGAAUUUACUUCGAUGAAUUUUUUAACAUUCCCAUAUUGUUUAACCAUUUCCUUAAAUCAUUUAACUUAAAACCUAAAAUAUGUUAAUUUUUUAAGAGUUUGUUGAUGUAACUUUGUAUUCAUAGAAAUUAGAAAAUGUAUAUAUAUACUAUUUUUGUGUGUGGUUUUUCUGGUUGGUAAAUGUUUUUCUCUUGUUUUAUGUAUUUUGAAAAUGGAAUGUUAAUAGGUAAUAGCAAAUGUUUUAUUGCAGUAUGUAGUAUUCACAAUAGUUAAUUACACUGUAACCCAGGUAUCGUUUAACCUUGUGUAUCUAGCACUAAUUUCUUUCACAUUUGUUUAAUAUCAAAUCUUUGUUUAAAAAUUUGUCAAAAAUGGUUAAAAUCACCAAAAAUCAUCUAAUUUGUACACGUGUCCAGUUUAAAGCUGACUGAUUAAUUUUGAUAAUGAGUGUCCAAUUUACAAGUAUUUAAUUCCCUGAUCACUGUUCAAAAAUUAAUCAUUAUACAUCAUUAAUCAAUUGGGUUGAUUAUUUUUUAACAAUGAUUGAGAAAUUAAACACUUGUAAAUUGGACACUCAUUAUCAAAAUUGAAUGGUCAGCUUUAAACUGGACAGAAGUACAAAUUAAACGAUUUAUGGUGAUUUUAAACAGUUUUUACAAAUUUUUAAACAAAGAUUGGAUAUUAAACGAAUGUGAAAGAAAUUAGUGCUAGAUACACAAGAUUAAACGAUAUACCUGGGUUACAGUGUUAACUUCCAAGUAAAAUGAGUAAUGGUUUAGGAAUCAACUCAAAAGUAUUGACUGUUUCUUAAUCGUGGAGUGGUAUAAAAUCUCCAAAAUAAUAAAUGCAGCGCUUUCUGUAAAUAUUUAAUGAAUAUAUAUGUUAUUUAGAUUUAUUUAUUUUAGUGCUAUAUAUCUAUUUUGUUUAUUGUUUGAUGAACUGUGAUUAUAAGUAUUAUUAUGAUUUUGCUAGCAGUUUGAUAUUUUUCCUUCUUUCUCAUAUCUCAGUUAAACUUGUAAAUACAUAUAUGACUAUGAUGAUGACUGUCAAUACAGUUAACUUCAGUUCAACCAUAUCAAUGAGAGUGGGGCAUAAUUUCAAUGAAAUAUUGUCUGUCUACAGAGCCAAAUUUAAAUUGCACAUCUGGAAAAUUAGACUUGUAGUUCUUUGUGUUUUUUAAGAAGUAGGGUUUAAUUAAAGUUCCUAUGCAGCAGACAGCAAAUGGAUGGAAGUGGGUUAUGUUUCAAGCCCCAGACAAUUAUAAAGAAAUAAAUGUGUGAAUUCUAACUGUUCAGAAGUUAUGUUAGCAUUGUCUCAUUUUGAUCAGAUGCAAAAUUUUGGUAAGAAUAAAUCUGAUAGUGUAUGGUCUGAGAGUCUAUUUGCUGGAAUAUUGGGACUUUUAUGUUAUAGUUAAUUAGUGUAUAAUGUUUAUAUUCUUGUUUCUCUGUUUGGUGUUUGUUAUUUUAAGGUAAAUUGGUUUUAUCUAUUGGGGGACAUGGGAAUAAAGUUUAGACAAAUAUAAAUGUUACCUCAGCUGUUUGUGAAUAUCGCACAAUCUGAUUACCAAUGUGUAAAGACGGGUGGUUAUUUUCAACAAAUUGAUCAACUUAUUGACCCUUAAAAGUUAAUAACAUUGCCAUAACAGGAAAUUUUAAAUAUUUUUUGAUUGCAAUUUUCGGUCUCCCCAA